ACAAUUGAGGUCGAGGCUCCUAAUUCCACACUCUCACCAAGCGCUCCUGCUAAGAUUGAAGCUCUUGGCCUUGUUCUGCCAACAGCUCCUUCUGAGGUGGUCCUGGUGGCUACUUUUGUCGAGUUUGAGCAAAUCUUGUCCCCAAAUGAUCUUGCAGAGGUCGAGGCCCCUGCACCAAUCCUUUCCAAAGACCCAACAAGCAUAGCCAUUUCCCUGCCUGAGAGUCAUUCUGACCUUGUUCAUACUUUGCCAGAGGGUGAGGCAAACAUUGUUGGUCCAGAGCUGCCUGAAGAGAUAACUGACCUUGCAGUAGAUACUUAG